AUGUUGACAUUGCAUGAUCUGCAGGAGCAAAUUUGCUAUGUGAAGUGCUGCUUUUGCAAUACCAUCUUACUUCUUAACCUGAUAUAUUUUGUGCGGGUUAGCGUUCCUUGGAGCAGCUUAGCAAUGGUGGUGAGAAUCAGAUGCGGCCACUGUGAUAACAUCUUCUCUCUCAACAUGCUUCACCUCUUUCCUUCACUCCACCAAAUGCAGCCAGAUUUGGAAGUGUGUGAUGAGAAGGUGGCCGACGAAGAAGAGGAAGACGAAGAUUAUGUUUGGUGCAACCAAGUUAUCCACAAACCACCGGAGAAGAAGCAACGUGCUCCGACUGCUUACAAUCACUUCAUCAAGUACGAAAUCAGGAGGCUGAAGCUCCAGCAUCCCAACAUCACUCACAAGCAAGCUUUUAGUGCUGCUGCCAAAAAUUGGGCGCAUUGCCCACAAAGUGAGUAUAGAGAUGGAGAAGUCUAUGGCUGUGAUGAAGGAGACAGAGAUAUGGUUAUGCAAUGGACUGUCGAUGAUGAGGUGCAUUUUCUUGGCAAUGCUUUCCAUGAAACUAAGGCAUUAAGGCAAUGUGGUUGCACCACAACACCUUUCUAAUCCACCCAAAUACACAGAAUUUGCAACCGUUGUCUAAGGAG